AGAGAGAGUGGUUCAUGGGGAGGUUCUCUUUGGCGGUUUUUCAUUUUUCUCCAACGGCAAAGCAGAGGCUGGGAAGUCUGUAUGUGUAUCUCGGCAUGUUACGUUUCUUUCCCGUUUUUUGCCUUAAAGGGGGGGAUGGUAUUGUUUGCGAUCACUUCUAAAGGUUGCAGUAACUCCCUGAGCUCAGAGAACACUAAACAAAGUUUUCAGUCACGCCCUGUACCAUCAGAACAGAACAAGAGCCACCUUUUAGGUUCACUGUGCAGCAUCAUGACCAUAAACAAAGACAAUGUGGCUGACAGAUCGCCUGCUGUAAUCAUCAUGUCGUCGGGUACUGGAACUUUUGCGAUUUCAGUGACAGCAAAUCAAAAUCACCAACAGCAAAGAAAGAUCUCCAACUUUAAGUAUCAAGGUUAAGUCGCAAAACAUUCUGAGGGAACUCAAAAGCAUGUGGUAUUGUGCAAAGUGGUAUUAUUAAAAAUUGAUGUGCUGAUGAUGGAUUUGAGCUCAUUUUUAUAGGUAUUACCAUUUGCUGUGCUUAAAAAAUAAAAAGAUAGUGUGUGUCUCUUUUUGAAAAGAAUGGUUAUUUCAGAUACCCAGCAUUUGAUGAAUAGAUGAAGUGUUUGAUAGAUUUUGCCUGGAUUUCCUUUAUCAUCCGUUGUUUUUGUCAGAAUUAUGGUUUGAUGGGGGCUGCUGGGUUCUGAUCCAAAUGGUCUUCACUGUGAUCUGACCAGCUCAAGACUGUUUAGUAUUCAGGUAGCACAGUCUUGGGGGUGAAGAUCUGUGGAUAAAUUCCUUCUGCAGCAGUGAAGUUCUCUGAGGUACUUAACCUGCUUUUCAUCUGGUAAAUAGCUGUAUACACAAGUAAAACUGUAAGCUAUUAUUAUUAUUCAAAGUAUUAACUAACUAAACCCUGGUCCUGGUCCAGGAGAAACAGCUGGAGGAUGGAAGGAUGGAAUAAACUAAUUCUCAGAAACUAGUGACCUCUGACUGAAAAUCAAGAGGCUAAUAUAUGUUGCAUAAACAACAUGGCUUUGUAUGAUAAAUAAUCAAGCUCAGGCCAUAUAAAGGAAUUUUCCCUGCCUUACACUGAAAUAAAAACAAAACAAAUAAAACAAAACCAAUUGCAUGUGUAGACUGAUGUCAAAAAAUGAACCAAAAUAUUGCCAGCUAUUUGGGUAUAUGGAUAUCUGUAGCAGUCUACAGCUAAUUUUAGCCUAUUUCUUACAGAAUAAACUUAUUUGCGCAAAUGUUUCAUUGGCUACCAACUGUGAAAACAUCUGAAUGUGUGAUUUUUAAUCAACUUUUCACAGUUAUUAUUAAUAUUAUUAUAUUAUACAAUAACAAUUUAACAAUAUAGUAUAUUGUGGCGGUCAGUCAUGUUAGGUGUUUACAUUUGACGUCAUGGCUCGCGGAACGCUUCUAGCUCGACUCGGCGGGAACGCAGCAUCUUAACUAUGGCGUGCGCUCUUCCCGCCUUCUUGCUGGAGACUUUCCAUACCUUGCCGUCGUCUUGGAGCGGCUGCCGAUCCCAGGCAAGCAAAUGAGCUGUGACAGAGACCAGAUAAGGGGUAAUCAGGACGCCACGGCACCUCCUGAAACGAUGGCUCAGCCCUACGCCUCAGCCCAGUUUGCGCCCCCCCAGAACGGCAUCCCUGCAGAGUAUACGGCGCCCCACCCGCACCCCGCCCCGGAGUACACAGGCCAGACCACGGUGCCCGAACACACGAUAAAUAUGUACCCCCCAGCGCAGACGCAUGCCGAGCAGAGCGGGCCCGACACGGGCGUACAGACGGUCUCCGGCACAGCCACACAGACAGACGAUGCAGCACAGACCGAUGGGCAGCAACAGACGCAGUCAUCCGACAACACGGAGAGCAAAACGCAGCCCAAGCGGCUGCACGUGUCCAACAUCCCGUUCCGCUUCCGGGACCCGGACCUCAGGCAGAUGUUCGGACAAUUCGGCAAAAUCUUAGAUGUUGAAAUAAUUUUUAAUGAACGAGGAUCCAAGGGAUUUGGUUUCGUAACUUUCGAAAAUAGUGCCGAUGCGGACAGGGCCAGGGAGAAAUUACACGGCACGGUGGUUGAAGGCCGUAAAAUAGAGGUUAAUAACGCAACAGCACGGGUUAUGACAAAUAAAAAGACAGUCAACCCUUAUGCAAAUGGCUGGAAGUUGAAUCCCGUGGUGGGUGCAGUUUACAGCCCAGAAUUCUAUGCAGUGCCAGGCUUCCCGUAUCCAGCGGCGACGGCAGCAGCUGCUUACCGGGGGGCCCACCUACGAGGCCGAGGGCGCACCGUCUAUAACACGUUUCGGGCUGCGGCGCCUCCCCCACCGAUUCCCGCCUAUGGAGGUGUUGUAUACCAGGAUGGAUUUUAUGGUGCAGAUAUUUAUGGUGGUUACACUGCGUACAGAUAUGCCCAGCCUGCUGCCACUGCUGCUGCCUACAGCGACAGAAAUCAUUUCGUCUUCGUUGCAGCAGAUGAAAUGUCUUGUAACACCUCUUCAGGUAAAAUAAACAAACGAAAUGAACGAAUCACCCCCUCCCCCCUUCCCACUCUCCUGCUGCAUCCACUCGGGAUUCUGCAUUUGUUUAUUAUGAUUUAUCAGUUUUUUUUUGUUUUGUUUGUUUUGGUGACGCACCCAACGCGAGAGCUUGUCCUAACAGCCUGUGAGCAGCUUUCUUAUUAUUCUUACCCCUCAAAAAGCCAGUAUUACUUUCCGUUUUGUCUCUGAACGCUGUUUUUCUAGUGCAUCCAUCCACAGUCUGUCCAUUAUCCAUUCAUCCCACUUCGUGGACAGGCCACCUGUCCUUAAAUGAGGAAAUAAACACACAGGCACAGCAAGUUGGGGGGACUUGUGUUAAUCCUGCCUCUGUUUAUUUCUGCUUUUAUUUUGUUACGGUUAAUGAUGGAGGUGGCAGGUUGUGUGGCCACGCCCCCCAUUUUCUGACUGAGUCUCGCCACCAGUGUCAGUGCUGCUCCUGUCGCCGUCCCUCGUGAUUUUGCCGACUCAGCCUGACCCACUCUGCUUUAAGGCCGAUGUCUCACAGGUUCGCUUUUGGUGACGGUCUGAUGUUUAAUCAGAGGUUUGACCCAAGGUCUCAGGGAACAUGUGAGAUAAUUGCACAUUUUUAGACGAAUUGGUACACUUGCCCACCUCCCAUGAUGCCCUGAGCAGGCCACUACUAGGUGCUGGAUACGCUUGAUGAUUGUUUUGAGAUAAAUCGGCCCCAUAUCCAUGUUGCCUUCUUGUCAGGAGUCUGUUCUCACUCACUUCUCAUAAGAUGACCAUGCAUUUAUGAAAAUUUUUAUAUAUUAAAUACAGUGGAAACUGCUUAUAGUGAUCAUAGUUAUAGUGAUCACCCAUUUAUAUGGUUCAAAAAGCUUGGGACAGAAUCAUUCCUGUACAAAUACUGUUCACAUAAUUUGCUUGUAGUAAUCAAGCAUUCCCAUUUUAGGUCUUUUUAAACAUGACAACAUAUGGAAAAAAAUUUAAACUGCGGUAAUUCUUUUUUUAUUAUUUUAUCAAAGCUUAUCAAGCUUAUCAAGACUUAUCAAAGCUUACGAUAAACCGACCAAAAAUGAGCCACUGAGACACAGCAACAAAACUACAAUUAGUGCUUUGAGACAAUGGAACGUUGUGAAAAUGUGCUGUAUAAAUAAAAUUGAAUAUUAUGUACAGUACUGUACUAUAUUACAGUGUAUUUGAAAUAUACUCUGUUCAAUAUUUUAAUUUGUACAGGACUGUAAUUUGAAAGCAUUUGAAACAGCUGUACUGUAUUUUGAAAUCGUCAAUAAAAUUAAGCAAAUAGCAACACUGUCCGUUUUAUUACCUUAUAUUCAUGUAAUAAUUAUACAAAUGUCAGUUAGACGGUAAUCUGCCUGAGACAUAAAGAAGAAGAAAAUAAUCGGUUAUAAUGAUCGUCCGGUUAUAAUGAUUAAUUUCACCCCGACGUGAUCACUAUAAGCAGUUUCCACUGUAUAAAUUAAUCUGACUAAUCAAAAACUUACACUAAAAGAAUGGCAUAUAUCCAUAUAUUCUAAAAAAAAAAAAAAAAACCUUUAUUUUAACUGUAACUGAAUUUUUUACUAAAUGAGCCAGUCUAAAGAUUCGGAUUUGCAGUAGUGCAUUUUAACAUAUCAGACGUUCUAAUUUCUUUUUUGAAAAUGAAGAUGAUUGAUUAUUACACAAUUUUGAAAACUUCUAUAAUCCAUUUUGUAAUUGAUUCACACUCCAUUUUUGUAAAAUAAACAAAUAAAUAAACUGCUUUAGGGAAUGUGAAGUUUGUCGUGUCCUAAUUUGUGGACACUGUGAUUCUGUGACUCACUGACUAAUUCAGCCUGUAGUUUUUUUUCUGGGUUUGGUGAUGUACUGGGAUUUGGAAAUAAACACUUUCUUUCACUUAAAGACACCAUACCCACUGCUUUUACCCCUGUAAUCUUAGGCCCCGAAGGCCCUGCUCCGUUUACUGUGCAAAUGUUAGCGUUUGUUGCUAAGACAAACAUCUGGAGUGCUGCAGGUUCGUGGGGCUGCGUUGACCUUGCGCUGAACCUUCUUCCUCUCAGCGGAUCAUAAGGUCAAACGAAAAGCCUUUCAAGCACUCGGUAAACAUCAGUGCUGUGCAGGUUAGCUCAUUUUGUCAGAGACAGCUGUGUUAAUAGUGGGCAGAAGGGCCCGCCUUGCCAGGGCGGGGGCUAACCUUGAGAUCCUUUUUAGACCCCUCUCUACCAGCAGGGUUUACCAGCUCGCCGUCUGAUCUCCAGGCGCCCUAAACACUCAUUAAAGUAGCCGUGCAAACAGAGAUAGUACAGAUCAAACAGAGUAUACCUGAGUACUGGCUGUACAGUGAAUAACAAUGACCAUACUAAUCUACUGUGGAUUAACUUCUUAAUCAAGAGCCAGUAAAUAUGUAAAGUAGGUCAUUUAUAAGCAAUGCCCCAUGCUCUGAUUGGCUCUUAUCUGGUCCAAAACCCAGGGAAGGCCCAAACGAAGCGAUAAACCAUUUAUCACAUGACCUUCUGGGAUCACUAAGCCGCCUGUCAGUCAGACGCCAGGAGACCACACCGGCAAAUCCAGCUUCGCCUAACAGCGGUACCGUGCAGCGAAGGGCAACCCCAUCCAAUUUGUUUACGUUAGGAACCCUUUGGAGAAGCUUAAAAGUGUUUGCCUUUAUUACUGUUUAUUUGGUUUUUAUUUAGGUAUUAGAUAUGACCUCAUGACCCUGACCAAGAUAAGUAGUAUUAAGAUGGAUGGAUGGAUGGAUGGAUGAAGAAGUAUUAAAAAUGAAAUAGUAUGUGGAUGGUAGUUAACAUAUAAUUGUUACAGACUUGUAAACCUGUCACUGACCUGACUUUUGGAGUCGUUUCGCAGCAUAGGACCGGACAUGGUGUGAUAAGUCACUCCUUAGCACUCCUAGUUUUGGAAGCACAAACUCCAGGUGGGGGUUGUUGUCGUGAACUGAGCUGAAGCCCAGGUGCAGAUCCCCUGCAGCGACAGUGAAGGCAUGUGAUAGGGGGGUCACCCUGCAAUGCGGUGAGAUCACAAGCAUGCAGAGAAGGGUCACCCUAUGAUUGGGGUAGGUCA